UAAAGACUCUCUGACUACAGUGGGUUUUUUGGUGUUCUGUUUUUUGGCUUUGUGUUGCUGUCGUGCGUUAGUGGGAGAUGUCCGGCCGAGGCAAACAGGGCGGUAAGGCGCGCGCGAAAGCGAAGUCGCGCUCCUCGCGCGCGGGCUUGCAGUUUCCUGUGGGCCGAGUGCAUCGGCUGCUUCGCAAAGGUAACUAUUCUGAACGUGUGGGUGCUGGCGCGCCUGUUUAUUUGGCAGCAGUGUUGGAGUACCUGACGGCUGAGAUCCUAGAGCUGGCGGGCAACGCGGCGCGGGACAACAAGAAAACGCGUAUUAUCCCACGCCAUCUUCAGUUGGCCAUCCGUAACGACGAAGAGCUCAACAAGCUCCUGGGCCGCGUGACCAUCGCGCAGGGCGGUGUCCUGCCCAACAUCCAGGCCGUGCUACUGCCCAAGAAAACGGAGAGCCACCACAAGGCCAAGGGCAAGUGAGGCGACGGAGGCGGGCCGGAAACGGCCGUGCUCCCCAGCGGCCCCCUGACACCAAAGGCUCUUUUCAGAGCCACCCACAGUGUCUAGAAAAGAGCCGUACUGGCCAAGGCUGUCUUUCGGAGCGUGUUUUUGCGCGAAUCUGAGCAAGGCUGGGCUUGAGGGAAAUCGAACCAGAAACAUGAUUUGGGUGCGCAUAGGGGCACAGUGGGCUGUGUGUGCGUUCGCUGCAGGUAAUGUCUGAUAUUUUCUCUUGAAUCUCACCCGCAAGGUCAUGGAGUUUUAAUCCCACUCAUCCUUAAGAAUUUAUUACCGGUGACAAGCUACUUUUGACUCCGGAAAGUCAUUACUGUGACAUUCAGACGCCAAGUACGGACUGUUUUCUUAUCCCAUGAGAAAUCCAUAGAUUAAACUAGUACUGAAAGUAAAGAAAAUUUAUCGUUUGAGGUUCUGAUAGAUAAGCGUGAUUUCCAUCUUAAAACGUAUGAAUACGUGAGUUAGGUUUUUGGAGAACACGAGAUCAGAAUGGUCUAUUGUAUUGCGAAUUCUAAGGUCUUGGGCAUGUCUUGUUAGAUGCGUUUUCAGCAUUUGAAAUGUAUCAGUUUACAUUUUGAAAAUAGGUGCACAUUUUUAAAGGGAAACUCAUUGUAGAUAGAAUAAUUAUUUAAAGGAGUUUAAAUUACUAUGGGUUGGUUUAAACAAUAAGAGCCCCUUAAACUAAUAGCUAGAGUCAAAAUAAUCAGUAUAUUGAAUUUGAUAAAAUUGUUUUUGUGAAUUCAGUAAAUCUAAAAUGAACAGUGUUAGGACCAGAUUAAGUAAUAUAUAUGUGGAUAUUUCAAAAGAUGAUUGUUCAUGAAUUCCACAUGCUGUUACAAAUAAGGGGUGGAGUGUCCCAGAUAUGCCUCUGCAAAGUCUACUGAGAAGUGAAGAGAAGCACUUACUUCAUGGGAUUGAGAGAGUAAAUGAGUAAAUCCAUAGUAAUCCCCAUGUUAAAAAAUCUCUAGCACAGUAUGAGUUUAGUAAAUGUUACUCUUGCUGU